AUGCCGAUAGCAAUCAAGACAGAAGAGCCCAAGUAUCAACAUUAUGAAGUUCCAACCUCUUUCUUCAAGCUCGUUCUUGGGAAGCAUCUAAAAUACAGUUGCUGCUUCUUCCUAGACAAGUCGAGCACAUUAGAGGAUGCUGAGAAGGCAAUGCUGGAGCUAUACUGCGAGAGGUCGCAGAUGAAAGACAACUAUUCUGUUCUUGACGUCGGCUGUGGCUGGGGAUCGCUUUCUCUGUAUUUAGCACAAAAGUACCCUAAUUCCCAGAUUAUUGGGAUUUGCAAUUCAACAACACAAAAGUCACACAUUGAGGAGCAGUGUCGGUACAUGCUCUUUUUCUUUGUAUAA